AAAACUUUUGUAUAUAUAAGUUAACCAUUUCAUAUUAGUUUUUUCUCAUUCACUCCAAUUUCUUCUCAAUCUCCCUUGUAUUAAGACUUUCUUCUUUGUUUUAAAGAAGAAUCAAUCCAAAUUCUAUUUUCUUCUGCAAAUACUCUCUUUCUUUCUACUAAAGAGCAAUCCAUCAGUUUUUGUUUCUUCAUGGCGGACGAGAUGGUUGGAACUAUCAAAUACGCAGAAGAGAUAAUACAGGUACCUCGUGGACUAGAGCUAUUUACAUGUAGUUGGGUACCUGCAAACACAGAACCCAAAGCUUUAGUUUUUCUCUGCCAUGGUUAUGCCAUGGAGUGCAGCAUCUCCAUGAAAGAUACUGCAAUUCGUCUAGCGAAAGCCGGUUACGGAGUUUAUGGUAUGGAUUAUGAAGGCCAUGGAAAAUCUUCAGGAUUACAAGGUUUCGUCCCUAGUUUCGAAAGAGUUGUCGACGAUUGUUCUGACCAUUUCUCAAGCAUUUGUGAAAAGAAAGAAAACAAAAGAAAGUUAAGAUAUCUAUUAGGAGAAUCCAUGGGAGGUGCAGUUCUUCUUCUUUUACACAGGAAGAAACCACAAUAUUGGGAUGGUGCUAUCUUAGUUGCUCCCAUGUGUAAGCUUGCAGAUGAUAUGAAACCACCUAGACUGGUUGUGAGUGUUCUAUCAGUGCUCACCCUUGUCAUACCCACAUGGAAAAUUGUCCCAACAACUGAUAUUAUCGAUAUUGCCUUCAAACUACCUUCCAAAAGAGAAGAGGUUCGUUCGAACCCAUUAUGCUAUAAAGGAAGACCUCGUUUGAAGACUGCUCAUGAACUUCUAAACGUGAGCUUAGACAUCGAAAAGAAUCUUCAACAGGUUUCACUGCCGUUUAUAGUCGUUCAUGGAGGAGAUGACAAAGUUACAGACCCAUCAGUGAGUGAACUGUUAUACAAGACAGCGGCGAGUUCUGAUAAAACAUUCAAGCUAUAUCCUGGAAUGUGGCAUACAUUAACUUCGGGAGAACCAGUUGAGAACAUUGACAUCGUUUUUGCUGAUAUAGUUUCAUGGUUGAAAGAGAGAACUGAAGUCAGAAGUUCUUCAAGGCUGGAGAGGGAACAGAAAGGUGAUAAUGAUGCUCAAUUCCGAGUGGCACCCUUGGGGAAGAAGUUGUAGACUAUCAUUAAGACCAAGUAGGUGCAGAUAAAUUAUGGAUGCGAAAUAAUAUUGCAAAGCCAUUACAGAUUGUGGUUUGUAUUUUACUACCUCCGUUUUAGGAAAAAAAGACACUUUGAUAUUUUAUUUUAUUUUGUCUAAAAAUAGGUCAAAUUCAAAAAACGAAAAUAUCAUUUUUCCGGAACGCAGGGUACUAAUUUUAUUGUUUAGGAUUCUUUUUUGAUCGAUUGUUUUUGGAGUAUUAUUAUACUAAGUAAUGUUGUAAGAAUUAUAUUUUCUAGUUAUGGAGUUGAUUUCUCGUUC